AUUUUUUAGACAACCAUAAGUGUUCUCUCAAAGCAUAAGGCAAUUAGAUUUAACGAUGUAUCCUCAUUCAACCGUGUGAAAACAUGAUAAUGAUGGCAGUCGAGUGACGGUAGUGGGGGUGGCCGUGACCCGUUCUGGCUUAUCAGAAUGUACAUACUGUACAGAAACACUGCCAAGUCACCAGUCCCAUGAGAAAAAUGCAUGGCAGGUGUUAAGAAAGCAUUCACAAGCCCAUUGUGUUAAUGUGGUAGCACAAGUCUUACACUUCUGAGACUUCUCUCAUUAUUAUGUUUCCAGCCUUGUGGGGACAGUUCCUAGUUAGUUCAUAGGAAGCAACGUGAUGGAAGUUUUCAGACCCUUUUAAACCCUUUUCCAUUCUUUAAAUAUUUGUCCACAUUCAUCCGUCUAAAAAACAUGUUGAUGAUAGCAGUAGAGUGACAACAAGGACUUGAUCUCUUACGCAUAAGCAUUGAGUUUGAACGCCAGGUAUGUGGUCGACGCCCAGGUGAAACUGGAAAAACAGUGAUAUGUUUUUGUGACACGUGUCAGGAAGUUUCGACCAAGCUUGUUAAACAUACUUCUUCAUCUAAGAUUUUGGUCUAUGGUCCUCAAAGUUGGUUAAAGAAACCAACAGAGGACCCUUUCAAGAUAUUCUAAAAUGUUCAUAAAUGCUCAUAUUCUAACCAGUGAUUUGUUGCUUCACUUUUAGCGCCUAUUACAAAAGAAAAACUCAGAUGGGGGUCUGUAGUCUAAUGGGAUCUUAUUUUUGGGGUCAUAGAUAUGAUGCAGCUGAGAGUCCUAACUUAUGUAUUUGGGUCACAGCAUUCCCUUGUCCCACCCUGCCAGCAACCCUGUCAUAUGAUACCCAACCCGUGAUGCACGCAACUACUUUCCAACACAAAACUGGGCGUCUGGCUGAACUAGUUCCACCUCUGAGGAAUGUGUUUGUGCAAGUGUUCUGUACUUUGCUCUUGCCCAUGACUUUGAGUCAUUAUGGACCACUUCAAAGUGUUCUAGUUAAAGCAAUCUUUAAAGCAGGGCAUAGUCCGAGCUGAUUAUUGUGGAAGCUGACUCCAUUAUCACAUGAAAUAAGUGUCAGUGGCUCGGGGCAAACAAACUCCCCAAACUUCCCACUUUUUAAAUGUACUGCAUAUUCAAUGUCAACAGCUUUGAUUGGAUCAAAAGCUUGGGAGCUUCAAUGUAAAUGUUCCCCUCAUCAGUGGUCACCUGGUUUAUUGUUUGAGCAGGGUCAUUGGAGCUGUUUUGGGCGGGACGUUCAGUUCCACGUCAACAGGUUUCACAAGAGCCGUGUCACCAGUUUCAUAACAUCAGACGCCUGAUCCUUCUCUUGUUCUCAACGACGUGCUUGAAGAUGAAUCUUGUGAAACACACAGGCGGCUGCCACUGUGGGGCUGUUAGAUUUGAAGUCUCGAGUUCACCAGACCUCCAUGUUUUCCAGUGCAACUGCAGCAUUUGCACAAAGAAACAAAACAAUCAUUUCAUCGUUCCAAAAAAUCUCUUCACACUCUUACAGGGGUCCGACAAUCUGACCACAUACACAUUUAACACACACGUUGCCAAGCACACGUUUUGUAAAACCUGUGGAGUUCAAAGUUUCUACACCCCACGCUCCAACCCUGAUGGCUACGGCGUUGCGCCGCACUGCCUGGAUCCAGGUACCGUCCACAGCGUCACAGUGGAGAACUUUUGUGGUGAGAAAUGGGAAGAAAGCAUGGAGGCUCACAAGAGCAUCAGAGACAUGUCCCAAAACCCCAGCUGAGAGCAAAGCAAAAUAACACAAACUUGAUGGAAGAAUGAAUCAUUUUUUUAGGAAUGCUUUAGAGUAUUUUUGUACAUAUUAUAAAAAAUCCUAACUCAUUCAAACCCUGGAGUUGUUUUUAUACAGUGUAAAGACAUUAAAGACGUUUCUGUAGCAAUAAAAGAUGGGUUGUUCUUG